CCUGGCUGCUGGAGCAACAGCGUGGGGGGUCCCCUGGGCAGGGCAAGGUGGAUCCAGUCUCCUCUUCCCAGGACUCUGCAGAGCCACUGGAGGAAGCCGGGUUAUUUGAGGCUUGAGGGCAGAGCUCAGCUCGGCAGGCAGUCAGAAAGGACAGAAUUCGGACGCCCUUUGCUGCCACUCACUGCUAGCUCCUCACCUGGCGUCAAGACGACCACUUUCCUGGGGUCAGUCCAGCUGUUUGCAAACUGGAGAUCGUGACCCAUUAGUGGAUGAGGAAACCAAUUUAGUAGCUCAUGACCUGCAUAUAGAAAACCAGAAAUGAUCAGGAUGCAGCACCAGUUGGACUUUCAGGAACUUAACCUGUACCCAUGAAGCCCAGCUGGACCCGUAUCCAAUAAACAAGAUGGCAGGAGAGAGACGGCCCUUUCCCUGAGUCCAUGAGGCCCCCUCAGGCCCAACAAUGGGGAACAUCACUGCAGACAACACCUCUCUGCUGACCUGUGCCAUCGACCACACCAUCCACCAGACUCUAGCCCCGGUGGUCUAUGUCACUGUGCUGGUGGUGGGCUUCCCGGCCAACUGCCUGGCCCUCUACUUCGGCUACCUGCAGAUCAAGGCCCGGAACGAGCUUGGCGUGUACUUGUGCAACCUGACGGUGGCCGACCUCUUCUACAUCUGCUCGCUUCCCUUCUGGCUGCAGUACGUGCUACAGCACGACAACUGGUUGCACAGCAACCUGUUCUGCCAGGUGUGCGGCAUCCUCCUGUAUGAGAACAUCUACAUCAGCGUGGGCUUCCUCUGCUGCAUCUCCAUCGACCGCUACCUGGCCGUGGCCCAUCCCUUCCGCUUCCACCAGUUCCGCACCCUCAAGGCGGCCGUGGGUGUCAGCGUGGUCAUCUGGGCCAAGGAGCUGCUGGCCAGCGUCUACUUCCUCCUGCACCAGGAGGUGGCGGUGGACAAGGACCGGCACCGCCUCUGCUUCGAGCACUACCCCCUGAGGCAGUGGCAGCGGGGCAUCAACUACUACCGCUUCUUGGUGGGCUUCCUCUUCCCCAUCUGCCUGCUGCUGGUCUCCUACCAGGGCAUCCUGCGGGCCGUGCGCCGCAGCCACGGCACCCAGAAAAGCCGCAAGGACCAGAUCCAGCGGCUGGUGCUCAGCACGGUGGUCAUCUUCCUGGCCUGCUUCCUGCCCUACCACGUGCUGCUGCUUGUGCGCAGCCUCUGGGAGUACAGCUGCGAUUUCGCCAAGAGCAUCUUCAACACCUACCAUUUUGCCCUCCUCCUCACCAGCUUCAACUGUGUGGCUGACCCUGUGCUCUACUGCUUCGUCAGCGAGACCACCCACCGGGACCUGGCCCGCCUCUGUGGGGCCUGCUGGGCCUUCCUCACCUGCUCCAGGACCAGCCGGGCCCAGGAGGCCUCUGGGAAGAACGAGGAGCCUGAGUUGUUGACCAAGCUCCACUCAACCUUCCAGACCCCUAACUCGCCAGCACUGGGAGGAUCCCCCACGGGGGCGCUGGCCUAAGUGGGGUCACCCCUAGUGGGGUGAAGCUUGGUCUGAGCUUGCUCAGCAGCUGCCACCUGCUUUGCCACCAAACAGAGGUGGCUCUUUCUGCUGGAGGGAGCCAUGGGCCUGGGUCACUGGGCCAUGGGCCUGGGCCUCAGAAGACCCCUCUAGGCCCAGGAAGCCACUGUAGCUUGCUGAGUGCCUAUGACUGUCAGAUUUGGGGCUCAGCCCUGUCAGCUCAUGGGUGUCGUCUGCUGCUGGCUGGGCUGCUGGUGGGGGAAGAUGGUGGACCACCACCUCCUGGAAGUUUUCAAGGAGGAGCUGGAGUGGAGGUGCAUGGAGUAAGGACACAGAGGAUGGGUGAUUGGGUGAUGAAGGUGGGGACCUGAGUGUGCACCUGCUAGGGCCUUCCCGUGCCAUACUGUUAUACUUAACACCUGUCCAGAUGUAGUGUUGUCUGAGGAGGUGAGGCUGAGUUGUCCUCACUAACACUGGAGACCCAUCCCACUGCAGGUUGGGAAGGGAAAUGAGCAGGGUUAGGAGGUUGGAGGGGGAGAAAAAGGUAGGGAGGUGUUUGGGGCACUGGGAGUACAGGGGAUGCAGAACAGGGGAGAGGAGUGACAAGCAGGAGAGACCCCAGCUCCAACCAUUUCAUAGUUUCACAGAGAGCUGAGAAGAUUCUUAAGGGUCAGGAGAGGGACCUAAAAACAGGGUCCAGUGGGGUUCUCUACACAGAUCCUUCAUUAGUUUUCUGUUUGCAUCUUCCCAGAAGCAAAAAAGCAAAAGACCCAGAAGUUUGGGAAGUUGUGUGUGUGUGUGUGUGUGUGUGUGUACAUGGUUAAAAUGCUAGGGUCUCCAUGACAGCCAUGUGCCAAGACACAGAGGUUAGGGUCACAUGACUGCUGGCUGUGUCCACCCCCAGCCCCUGCCCCACACUCUGGAGUAUCCUGUGUCUCGGAGCGAAGCACGACUUUCUCCGUGAGUUCCCAGACACAACAGAACAAACACAUCAGAGAUGUACUCUUGGGCGUCCCUCGCCCAAAGUCCUGGGUUCCACUCCACUAUGGUGUAAAGAGCCCCUGUGACAGGAGAGGGGUCACUUCCCUCCUUUGUUCCCCAGCCUGCUCCUCUGCAGAGGUGUCCCACCUCGCCCCCCAGCAGUGACGGUGGCCGUGAGCCAUGGUGCCCGGGGCGCUGGCCACCAUCUUUCUUUAGGUUCUGGAAGGGAGGGGCUCAUCUCAUCAGCAACUUCAUGCUUGGCUGUGUUGAGCCCCUGCUCUGGUGAACAUGCUAGUGACCAGAAGAGCUGCUUGCUGCUUCAGGAGACCUCCCACCGGCUUCACAGAUUUCCUGACUAGUGGGCUGGAGCCAGCUCUGACUUCCCUCAAAGGCCUGGGAGUCGAGCUUCUCACCACCAAGUUGAGUGGGGUUGCACCUGGGGAGAAACCAGAGACAGGGAGGUAGAAGCUGGCAUCAGUAGAACAUUUCUGGAGUCUACUAAAAGGAGGGUCUGGGAGAAGCUCUCUCUCAGCCUCCCUCCUCGCUUUUUCCUCUCUCGAAAAGCUAGAUCUACCCCAAGUUUCUUAACCCUCCCCACAGGGGUCCCCAGAGACACAUAACCCUGACUGGCUAUGCCUCAGGGAAGUGUGGUUACUGGGGUCCCAGCCUACACUUGGCACUGACUGGGCAGCCUGUGGUCUAGCUCCUACAGGCACUUCUUAUAACCUGGGGAGUUCCCUUUCCUGUAGGAGGAAGAGAUCAGGUCUGAAGUUUACAGAAAUGGUCACAUGGCUGAGCUAGGGAUCUUACUGGAGCAACUGGCUGAGCCCCUUAUGUCCCCUCAUUCUACAGUAUUUCCUCCUAUUGUCACCUUAAACAUGGGCGUUCCCACUGGGAUGGACAGGGAUAAGCUAAGGGCGGUUCCGUUUACUCUCAACAGUUGUAUUUUUGUACUGUCCCCUUUCAUGCCAUGUAUGUGUGUGUUAGACUGUGCAAAGGAUUUAUGUAGCAAACUUGAGUCUGAAAUAAAGCAAAGUAACCAGCCACCA